AUGAAUGAGAUCAAGCUACCUGAAGAAGAGCCAUCCUUGGUUCAAAAGAUGGUUGAAUAUUUGUACACCUCUAACUACAUCAUGGAUGGUCGUUCUUCGGUGCCUGACGGCACUGACUCUAGUGAGAAUCCACUGGCCGUGUUUGAUGACUUAUCCUUCCAUAUUUCGAUGUACUCUCUUGCGGAUCGAAUGUUUAUCUCAGGCUUAAAGGCUUUGUCAAGUCAAAAGACUGAAAAGGAGUUUCUUGAACGGCUAGACGCGAGCUCAUUUCCGCGCGCUAUCAAGGAGAUGUAUACUUCCACCCCUGAACAUGUUCAAGGUCUACGGAAAAUUGCGGUGAAAGUGACUAUGGACCACCUGAAGAUGUUGAGGAGCCGAGAUGAAGGCAUCACAAAGAUUUUCAAGAAUAGCUUGCUGCAAUCUGUUCCACAAUUUUGCUUUGACUUGCUCGUGGCGUUGAUGGAUAAGACGUUUAAGUGUUUUUGCAAUACGAUAGAAUUCCACUAA